AUGUUACUAGGACAAUUGGAGAAAGCCUCUCUGACUGAUUUGUUUAUUCAUUCACCUACCUAUAUUACAUUGAUGUUUAUUCCAUAUGAUGAUGUAGCGAAAAUCUUUUUCCAUAUUGUCUGUAUAGAUAAUCCACAGUCACACUAUUAUUAUAAACCAUCUCCUUUAUUUCUAUCAACAUCACAAGAUGAAUCAAUUUAUCAAACUUAUACAAAUCAAUAUAUUGAUCAAUCAUUUUCUUUAUCAAUUAUUAAUAAUCAAUUAACUGGUACAACUUUAGUACAAAUGGAUACAUCUGUAACAUUCAAUACUUUAUACAAUAAUAAUAAUAAUAAUAAUAAUAAUAAUAAUAAUAAUAAAGAUAAUCAAAUGAUGGAGCAACAUUAUCAUCAAGUAAGAUUAAGGAAUCCUAUUCUAAUUGGUAAAGUAUCAGCGAUUGAUAAAGAUAUAUCGAAUCAAUUGAAAUAUUUCAUUCCAAUAGGAAAUGAUAAUGAUAAUGAUAUUUCUAAUGUAUUCAGUGUAGAUAGUACAGAUGGUAGUGUUUACGCUAAUCAAUUAUUUGAUCGUGAAGAUGUUAUACAAAAAUAUACAUUAAAUAUUCAACUUUCAAAAUCAUCUUUAUUAACUACUGAAAUUAAUUCAUCUGAUCAAUCAGUUUAUUUAUGCUUUCCUAUAUAUGUUACUGAUGGUAUAUAUAAUAGUAGUACAAGAAUUCGUGUUCUUCUACAAGAUAUCAAUGAUAAUCCACCGAUAUUUGAAAAAUCAAUAUAUGAAUUUUAUGUAAUUGAAAAUCAACAACCAAUUAAAGAAAAUAUUAAAUUUUCAUCAAAUUUAUUUAAAAUUGAUGAAACAACAGGUAUAGUAUUUGUAACAGAGAAACUUAUUUAUCAUUCUGUAAAGUAUUUAGUACUAAUUACUGCACAAGAUAUGGGUUAUCCAAUAAAACGGAAGACUACAACUACUGUAACUAUCAGAGUACAAAAUAGUAAUCUUCUUCAAUCUUUGAAUACAUUCAAAGUCUCUGAAAAUUCAAAUGAUGAUAAUGAUUAUGGUAAAUUAACUGAUACUGAUAAGCAUCAAAUACGUCGAUUGGAGUAUAAUAUGAAUUCACUAGAUUCUACUUAUUCCAAUGGAUAUUCAUCAUCAAUAAAAAUGUUGAAUAAUGAAAAUCCUUCGAAUCAAUUAAUAAAUGGACAUGAAAAUCAUUACAGCCGAUUAAAUAGUAAUAAUCGACGUAUAGAUAAUCGUUAUAUCAAUUUAUCUGAUCAAACAAUAGUCAUUAUAUUGGCUUCAAUAUUUAUUCUAUUAUUUUUUACAACAUUAAUAUUAGUUUGCUUAAUAAAACGUCGAAGAGAUUUUGAACAGAGAAGAUUAGAAAGACAAAAGAAUCAUUUUAAUGGUCCUGUUACCAAUAUACACGGAACACAAACAGGAUUACCCUCUCCAACAUCCAACAGUUUACAUUGUUCAAAUAGUUCAAAAUACAAUGAAUUCAAUAAUCUUACUAAUUUAUACCCUAUAAUUAUGCAUGAUAAAUUUGAUGGAGAUAUUGGCCCACGUACAGAUUUUAUUGAUCAGUCAGAAGAUUAUGAUUCAACAAAUAUCCCAAGAAUCUAUGAAACUUCUGGUCGAACGAAUACAUCAACGCCUAAUUUAGGAGUGAUUUUAACAAGUAAUGGUUACCAAGAAUUGUAUUCACCUGAUAUACUGAAUACUCAAAAUUCUUCAAGAAGAAAUCCUUUGGAGUUGGACCGCUCAACUAAAAAAGGCGAAUCAAUCAACAAUCCAUGUAAUCUACUGUCUUUAAUCAAUCCACCAUCAACAACGGAAUCUGCACGAUUAGAUAAUUCAGUGUCAACAUUCUAUAGACAGAGUCGAACGCCACCUCCACUUAGAACUCUAAGUGGAACAUCACCCAGUGAUUUCGUCACAUAUACGCCAGAACAACAUCGCGAACAUGUAUUUAAAUUAAGACAAUUACAUCAAAUCGGUGUAGAAACUACACCACAUUAUCAGACAAUCAAUUCAUUUCUUCCACUUCAGUCAACUCAUCAAAAAAUGAAAUUAUUAAAGCGUAGAGUGGAUAAUUCUAAUCAGCAGAGAUUACCUUAUUUGACAGAAAUGACCAACCAAUACAAUGAUCUCACUGAGAAUAACAAUAUCACCUCUACUCAUCCAGAUAUGUUAAACAAACAACAACUACAACAACAGACCAUCCUGCUCUAUGAUAUAUCAGCGACCAAUCAAAAAAAUGCUUCAUUUGUCCACGAUAAUCAUCACAAUCAAGGUUAUCCAUGCAACCAAUCAGAAAACAGCACAUCAAUACCAUUUAAAGAAACCUCACCUUGUUUAACAACCAAUCAGAAUGAACAAACAAAAGAUGAGAAAAGCAUGUCAAACUUGUUUAAAAAUACUAACAACAACGCUACUCAAAACACAAAAAGUAGUACUCAUGACAAUAAUAAUAAUAACAAUAAUAAUAAUAAUAGCUCUGAUAGCAACAGUAAAACAAAAGAAAUGCAGAAUCAGCCACCUAAGAUGGUCAGUAAAACAAGUUCACUGAAAAGGAAUACAACUACAACAAGUAAAGGAGUAUCAUUCGUAUGA